AUGACCAGCCGAGAGGUGGUACAGAGGAGGUGCAGAGGUGGCGCCCCUGCAGCAGCUGGUGCCCUCGGCCUCCCCGACGUGGUAGCUGUGGAGAAGCGGGAUCAGGGCAGGCAGGACGCCCUGACCCCAGGGUUGGGCGUCCUGCCUGCCUCUGCUCACCAGCCCUCUCCCUUCUCCCCCAUCUCCCCGCCUUGCUCACCUGUGAUGGCUCAGGUACAGCACACUGCCCCCAGCCCUGGGUGGAGGACCGACUCAGCCCCUGCCUCUUCUUUCCCUCCAGCUGCCUUCCUCGGGGACAUUGCCCUGGACGAGGAGGACCUGAGGGCCUUCCGGGUGCAGCAGGCUGCGGACCUCAGACAGCGCACAGCCCGAAGGUCCUCCAUCAGAGCCACAGGCACGCCAGGAAACUCCUCCACCCCUGGUUGCCAGGGCACCCGCGGGCAGCCUCGGAGGCAAACCUGCGGGAGAUGGCGAGGCCGGUCUCGGAGCCGGAGGGCAGCGACAUCCAGACCUGAGCGCGUCUGGCCAGACGGGGUCAUCCCCUUCGUCAUUGGGGGAAACUUCACUGGCAGCCAGAGGGCCGUCUUCCGGCAGGCCAUGAGGCACUGGGAGAAGCACACCUGUGUCACUUUCCUGGAGCGCACCGACGAGGACAGCUACAUCGUGUUCACCUACCGACCCUGCGGGUGUGUUUCUGCUGGGCCCUGGCCGGAGGCCAUCUCCAUCGGCAAGAACUGUGACAAGUUCGGCAUCGUGGUCCACGAGCUGGGCCAUGUCAUUGGCUUCUGGCAUGAGCACACGAGGCCCGACCGGGACCGCCACGUGUCCAUCGUGCGCGAGAACAUCCAGCCAGGACAGGAGUAUAACUUCCUGAAGAUGGAGGUCCAGGAGGUGGAGUCGCUGGGGGAGACCUACGACUUUGACAGCAUCAUGCACUACGCCCGGAACACGUUUUCCAGGGGCAUCUUCCUGGAUACCAUCGUCCCCAAGUACGAGGUGAAUGGGGUGAAGCCUCCCAUUGGCCAGAGGACCCGGCUCAGCAAGGGCGACAUUGCCCAAGCACGCAAGCUCUACAAGUGCCCAGCCUGCGGAGAGACCCUGCAAGACAGCACGGGCAACUUCUCUUCCCCCGAGUACCCCAACGGCUACUCUGCCCACAUGCACUGUGUCUGGCGCAUCUCCGUCACCCCUGGGGAGAAGAUCAUUCUCAACUUCACGUCCAUGGAUCUGUACCGCAGCCGCCUGUGCUGGUACGACUACGUGGAGGUGCGCGACGGCUUCUGGAGGAAGGCGCCCCUCCGAGGCCGCUUCUGUGGGGGCAAGCUGCCCGAACCUAUCGUCUCCACGGACAGCCGCCUGUGGGUUGAGUUCCGCAGCAGCAGCAACUGGGUCGGAAAGGGCUUCUUCGCUGUCUACGAAGCCAUCUGUGGGGGCGAUGUGAAAAAGGACAACGGCCACAUCCAGUCACCCAACUACCCCGACGAUUACCGACCCAGCAAGGUGUGCAUCUGGCGGAUUCAGGUGUCCGAGGGCUUCCACGUGGGGCUGACCUUCCAGUCCUUCGAGAUCGAGCGCCACGACAGCUGUGCCUACGACUACCUGGAGGUGCGCGAUGGGCACAGCGAGAGCAGCAGCCUCAUCGGGCGCUACUGCGGCUACGAGAAGCCCGACGACAUCAAGAGCACGUCCAGCCGCCUCUGGCUCAAGUUCGUCUCCGACGGCUCCAUUAACAAGGCUGGCUUCGCCGUCAACUUUUUCAAAGAGGUGGACGAGUGCUCGCGGCCCAACCGCGGGGGCUGUGAGCAGCGGUGCCUCAACACCCUGGGCAGCUACAAGUGCAGCUGCGACCCGGGGUACGAGCUGGCCCCCGACAAGCGCCGCUGCGAGGCGGCCUGCGGCGGCUUUCUCACCAAGCUCAACGGCUCCAUCACCAGCCCGGGCUGGCCCAAGGAAUACCCCCCAAACAAGAACUGCAUCUGGCAGCUGGUGGCCCCCACCCAGUAUCGCAUCUCCCUGCAGUUCGACUUCUUCGAGACGGAGGGCAAUGACGUGUGCAAGUACGACUUCGUGGAGGUACGCAGCGGGCUCACAGCCGAUUCCAAGCUGCACGGCAAGUUCUGCGGCUCCGAGAAGCCCGAGGUCAUCACCUCCCAGUACAACAACAUGCGCGUGGAGUUCAAAUCUGACAACACCGUGUCCAAGAAGGGCUUCAAGGCCCACUUCUUCUCAGACAAGGACGAGUGCUCCAAGGACAACGGGGGCUGCCAGCAGGACUGCGUCAACACCUUCGGCAGCUACGAGUGCCAGUGCCGCAGCGGCUUCGUCCUCCACGAUGACAAGCACGGCUGCAAGGAAGCUGGCUGUGACCACAAGGUGACGUCCACCAGCGGCACCAUCACCAGCCCCAACUGGCCCGACAAAUACCCCAGCAAGAAGGAGUGCACCUGGGCCAUCUCUAGCACGCCUGGGCACCGGGUCAAGCUGACCUUCGUGGAGAUGGACAUCGAGUCUCAGCCCGAGUGUGCCUAUGACCACCUGGAGGCUUACGACGGGCGCGAUGCCAAGGCCCCUGUGCUCGGCCGCUUCUGUGGCACCAAGAAGCCCGAGCCAGUCCUGGCCACAGGCAGUCGCAUGUUCCUGCGCUUCUACUCUGACAACUCGGUGCAGAGGAAGGGCUUCCAGGCGACCCACUCCACAGAGUGCGGGGGCCAGCUGCGGGCAGAGGUGAAGACCAAGGACCUGUACUCUCACGCCCAGUUCGGCGACAACAACUACCCUGGGGGUGCGGACUGUGAGUGGGUCAUCGUGGCCGAGGAGGGCUACGGCGUGGAGCUCGUGUUCCAGACCUUCGAGGUGGAGGAGGAGACCGACUGCGGCUACGACUACAUGGAGCUCUUCGACGGCUACGACAGCACGGCCCCCAGGCUGGGGCGCUACUGCGGCUCAGGGCCUCCCGAGGAGGUGUACUCAGCCGGAGAUUCCGUCCUGGUGAAAUUCCACUCGGAUGAUACCAUCACCAAAAAAGGCUUCCACCUGCGGUAUACCAGCACCAAGUUCCAGGACACACUCCACAGCAGGAAGUGACCGCGGCCCUCAGCAGGGGUGGGGGCGCGAGGCCUGCUCCCUGUCACCUGGACCCGACAACGGGGGCAGGCAGAGGGCGACACGCUGUCCGUCUCCCCCGGACCUGCAGGCCCGACGGGCCACGCGAGGCUGUCCUCAGGAGGUGGGGGACUGGACUCCAUCGGCCACUUCUCCAUGAUUCCCCCACCCGAGUGAGGGGCCAGCCCAGGGAGCCAGCGCCUUCGGCAAGACACUUGAAGUGACUGCUCCUCCCUGGGCCCUGCCCGCCCCCACCUGCCUGCUGUGUACAGCCGGAGCCACUGGUGGCGUACUCUUCAUUGUAAAGGACGUUUCGCCCCUUCCUCCACUGGCUUUCGAGAGCCCCGACUCCCCUUUCCUGGGGCUUGUCUGCCUGCCAGGAGCCGUGGUGGGGAGAGCCGGAGGCGAGGGAAGGAGAAACGAGACAGGGCCUCCCUCAGGCCCAGGGCUGGACAGCCACACCAGGGCAUCCCAGCCAAUAAACCGAAAGUGUUACAGCCACAA